ACCUUAUCUGUUUAAGAUCGGCAGAGAUUUUAUUGCAGUGUUUAUUUUGAUAGCUUCUUCUCUCUAUAAGGUUGAGUAUUACAAAGUGAAAACUACUGGACGACGCCUUGAGCGAGGACUAUCAAGUGAAUUAAGAGAUUAUAAUUUUAAAAAGCAAUAAAUAUGACAAAACUAGUCAUAUUCGUUAUAUUUGCGGGACUUUUUGUAAAUUUGGCUACAGGUCAAUUCUAUUUCCCCAACGAGGCGGCACAAGUGCCUAACUAUGGUCGUUGUGUGACCCCAAAUCGGGAACGUGCCCUCUGCAUUCAUUUGGAAGAUUGCAAAUAUCUUUACGGGAUUCUGACUUCUACGCCAUUGAGAGAUGAAGAUAAGUUGUACCUUAGUCGCAGUCAAUGUGGCUAUUUCAAAGGCAAAGUGCUGAUAUGCUGUCCAGAUCGUUACCGGGACAGCACUCCCGCUAAUAUGCAACCUAUAAAGCCGAAUAUAACCAGCAACGGGCUGUUACCUCUGCCAGGUCAAUGCGGAAACCUGCUUUCAAAUCGCAUAUACGGUGGUGUUAAAACCAAAAUUGAUGAGUUUCCUUGGAUGGCCUUGGUGGAAUAUACCAAAGCUGCCGGCAAUAAAGGACAUCAUUGUGGCGGGUCUUUAAUAAGCACUCGUUACGUGGUUACCGCUUCGCAUUGUGUCAAUGGCAAGAGUUUGCCGGCGGACUGGCGUCUAACUGGCGUACGUUUGGGUGAAUGGGACACAUUAACCAAUCCGGAUUGCGAGGUUGAUGUGCGUGGCAUGAAGGAUUGUGCUCCGCCACACAUGGAUGUGCCUGUGGAGCGCACUAUUCCACAUCCGGCAUACGAUCCCAACUCUAAGAAUCAGGUCAAUGACAUUGCUUUGCUUCGCUUGGAUCGACAGGUGGAAUACACAGAUUUCAUUCGCCCCAUCUGCUUGCCAUUAAAUACGAAUUUGCGUUCAGCCACAUUUGAUGGAAUAAGUAUGGACGUGGCUGGUUGGGGAAAGACGGAAGAAUUGUCGGCUAGUAAUCUAAAACUGAAGACAACAGUUGAGGGUCUUAAACUGGAUGAUUGCCAGUCUGUUUACAAUCGACAAAAUAUAUUGCUAGAGAGUUCGCAGAUGUGUGCAGGUGGCAAGGAAGGCAUCGACUCGUGUCGUGGUGAUUCAGGUGGACCGCUUAUAGGUCUCGAUACGAACAAGGUGAACACCUAUUACUUUUUGGCGGGAGUAGUGUCGUUUGGACCCACGCCCUGUGGUUUGGCUGGUUGGCCUGGGGUGUAUACGAUGGUAGGAAAAUAUGUUGACUGGAUCCAAAAUACAAUUGAGGCUUAGAAUUCUUAUUUAUAAAUGUACUAUUCGUGUAAAUAAAAAUAGACUACUUUCGAA